UUCAGUACACCAACCAUUCAAACGGAACGAUCUCAAACAAUAACGCGAAAAAUAUCAAAUUGAAAGUUUGUGAGAGAAGCUGUGGCUUGUUUUACACGAUGGCGUUAAAAAUAUUUAUAUUUAGUGCAUUAUUUGUGUGCUUAACAACUUAUGUCUCCGGCCAGCGCACUCCAACGAUCUCCCACAUCACACAGGAGCAGAUUCGAGACAUCGGAGGACAAGUAGACUUGGACUGUUCCGUCCAUUAUGCCAACGAAUACCCUGUUAUAUGGGUAAAAUACGACCGCCUCAAGACAACAGAGUCGAUACCUCUGUCAAGCAACGCCGGCCUCAUCAUCAGGGAUUCCAGAUUCUCCCUGAGAUUCGACGAUGCUACCGCCACCUAUACUCUAUCGAUCAAAGACAUCCAGGAGAACGACGCGGGCUGGUAUCAGUGCCAAGUCUUGAUCUCCCUCAUGAACCGGAUCACUGCUGAGGUGGAACUCCAGGUCAGGCGGCCACCCAUCAUCUCUGACAACUCUACCAGGUCUAUUGUCGCUAGCGAGGGAGAGAGUGCCCAAAUGGAGUGCUACGCCGGUGGAUUCCCGCCGCCGAAGAUCACUUGGCGUAGGGAGAACAACGCCAUCUUGCCCACCGGUGGCUCCAUCUAUAGAGGCAACGUAAUCAAAAUCCCGGCGGUGCACAAGGAAGACCGCGGUACAUACUACUGCGUAGCCGAGAACGGCGUUGGGAAAGGAGCCCGAAGGAACAUCAACUUGGAGAUCGAGUUCGCGCCCGUGGUUACCGUCCCACGCCCACGGUUGGGACAGGCUCUCCAAUACGAUAUGGAUUUAGAAUGUCACGUGGAGGCCUACCCUCCCCCGGCCAUCAUUUGGCUGAAAGAUGAAGUGCAGCUGUCCAACAAUCAGCACUACAGAAUUUCCCACUUCGCCACCGCCGACGAGUUCACAGAUACCACAAUUCGCGUCAUCACCAUAGAGAAGAGACAGUAUGGUGUGUUCACGUGCAAAGCCCAAAACAAGUUGGGAUCUGACGAAGGAAAAGUGGAGUUAUUUGAAACGAUCAUACCUGUUUGCCCGCCCGCCUGUGGUCGGGCUAACUAUGGUGACGCUGCUUCAAUCGCUCCAUCGUCUGCCACCAUCGUAGCUCUAUUGGGGCUAUACACAGUUCAUUUAGCAAGAAGAAUCUUCAAUACCAGACAUUAACUACGCGGGACUCCGCCGCGACCCAAACUACUCCGGUAGUUCUAAAACGACACAUAUCUCCACCAUAUCUGUACUGUUUUCUACCAUUACACUUAUUUUUAACUGGUAACACCAUCGCGGAUGGUAGUUUUUGAAAUUAAGUUCAAAAAGA